CAGCAACCAUUUAUAGCCUCGCGGUGACAAACAAUCUUAUUAUGAGAUUUAAACUUUGCCUCUGCCAGUCUGGAGGAUCAACAUGCGCUCCCCUCCCCUCGCACCUAUUCCUCGAUGUUUCCCCAACUGAUACUGUAAUAUCUGCCUACCUACACGCCUCCCCGUGACAGUGGUUAAACGCCGGUGUCAGCUCUCGGUGUAAUAGAAAGACCCAGGCAGGGCUCUGGGUCUCUUCAGAAUAACAUGAAGGCGAGCGACGAGAGGAGCUCAGUGCUGAAUUAAAUCAGUCUCCGCUUAAUGGAUCUCCUAGUCUCGCUUCAGGCAGGCAGUUGCUGCUGAGCCGCCCUCAAACCGAAAGCAGAAAAUCUGGAUCCUUUUUUUUAUUAUUAUUGUUAUUAUUAUUCCGCUUAUUAAUUUUACUUUAAAUGAUUGCUUUUAAUCUCUAACGUCUUAAAUGACUCAGUUCUGUUUGAAAACGUGUUGUGCUCGUGGUGAGAUACAGUAAGCCCUCCGCUUAGUAUCGGGGCGAAGGUUCCUGGUCUGCGAUCACUCAGCAGAAAUCGGCGAGAGAAACCCGGAGAGAUCUGCCCUCCUGGAGGCUGUCAGGGAUGUGUUCCCUAACUGAGGAGUCCAACCCAGAUUCCAGCAGUUAUUCAUCUGUGCACAUGAGAGAGACAGAGAAAGGAGAGACUUGUCAAAACCACCAAGAUGAGACGGUUUAAUGAUGGUAGCCUCUGAGGACAAAAGCUCAAGACAAGCCGAGGCGGUGAAGUCUCCCUUUGAACAUCGCCUCAAAAUUGACGCAAGCAUAUCUCAUUGAAAAGAAACUGAAAAAGGAUAGCCAAUUUUUUAUUUUUAUUUUUUAUUUUUUUAUUGGUACAUGGGGACAAUAUGCAUCAUCACACACCCAUCAAUAAACACAAAACAAGUAAUCAUAAUUAUUGUGGCUCUGAAAACAGCUGAACAUCCUGCUGCAUCCCAAGUAGAAAUCAAAUCAAGGUACUGAAACAACUAACACUAAACCCCUUUGGUUUUUUUGGAUCCAUACAUGACUUUAAGAAAAGCACAAAUGGCCUGUAGAUCAGACGGGGUGAUGAGUGCCUUGUUUUGGUCYAUAACUCUUAUAUGUUUGACUCACAUUGGCAGAGUAAGUGGUGACUGCUGGUUGAUUGAGGGAGAAAAGGGCUUUGUGUGGCUUGCAAUUUGCAGCCAAAAUCAACCACCCUACGAAGCCAUCCCACAGCAUAUCAAUAACACCAUUGUUGACCUUCGUCUGAAUGAAAACAAAAUCAAAAGUAUCCAUUUUUCUUCUCUCAGUCGCUUUGCCAACUUGACCUACCUGAACCUGACCAAGAAUGAGAUCUCGUACAUAGAAGACGGAGCCUUUUCUGCUCAGUUCAACUUGCAAGUUCUCCAAAUGGGCUUCAACAAGUUACGAAACCUGACAGAGGGGAUUCUCCGGGGUUUAGGAAAGCUGCAGUACCUCUACCUCCAGGCGAACYUGAUUGAAACUGUGAUACAUAAUGCCUUUUGGGAAUGCCCCAACAUAGAAAAUAUUGAUCUCUCCAUGAACCGAAUCCAGCAGUUAGAUGGGUCCACGUUUACCAGCCUAAGUAAGCUCACCACWUGUGAGCUGUAUACAAAUCCUUUCAAUUGCUCGUGUGAGUUGCUGGGGUUUGUGAAAUGGCUUUCGACUUUCCCAAACCGGACAAAUGAGCGGAUGGUCUGUGAGUCUCCUCGUGGUGUUGCAGGUUACAGCUUACUGAGCCAGAAUCCUAACAACCCCACAUACCGAAAUGCACUUCACAUGCUAACUACUGUGUGUACCGAUGACUACGUGACCCCAUUUAUUACUGUCUCCAUGGAGUCCACAACAAUACCACCUGACUCAACACUUUGUGGGCUGGAAGACUGUUCCUCAGGCACAGAACCAGACGACACAACCAUUGGUACAACUGAAAACGAGGUGCAGGGAAUYCCUGUGAUGAAUCUAAAGGCAGURACAAACACAGUUGCUACCGUUACGGUUCAGUUUCCUGAUCCCUUCAAGAAGCUGUACUUUCUGGUUCUUUACAACAACAACUUUUUCACAAACCUGGACAGGCUCUAUAAAGUACAGGAAGACGUUGAGAUUAAAAACCUUCAACCCCACUCCAACUACACAGUCUGUGUUACUUCAGAACGCAAUUCUAUGAAACAAAAUCACACUUGUCUGACAUUCUCCACUGGCCCUUGGAAUGGAAAAGACAGAGUUGUCAACAAUGCAACUGCUACUCAUUAUAUCAUGACUAUUUUGGGCUGCCUUUUCAGCAUGGUGAUUUUYCUAGGAAUUGUGUAUUAUUGUUUGCGAAGGAAGCGUCAGCAAGAUGAAAAGCAAAGAAAAUCAGGAAGUCUUAAGAAAAAUAUAAUGGAACUCAAGUAUGGACAAGAACUAGAAGGAGGGACUAUUUCUCGAAUGUCACAGAAGCAGCUGCUGGCCGGAGAGAGCAUGGCCCGAAUGCCCUACCUGCCAUCUGCAAGUGAAAUGGAGCAGUACAAGUUUCAAGAGAUAAGUGAGACUCCAAAAAUGAUGAAGGGGAACUACAUGGACGUCCGGAGCAUGGACCAUCAUGAGCGCAGAGAGUGUGAUAUGGGAAUGGCUGGGAACAGUCAGGGAUCGGUGGCAGAGAUUUCCACAAUUGCAAAAGAAGUUGAUAAGGUCAAUCAGAUAAUCAACAACUGCAUAGAUGCCCUAAAAUCAGAAUCGACUUCUUUUCAAGGAGUUAAAUCUGGAGCAGUGUCGACAGCAGAGCCCCAACUGGUGCUAAUAUCAGAGCACCCCCAAAGUAACCCUGGCCUUCUUUCCCCAGUGUAUAAGGACAGCUACCAUCACUCYCUUCAGAGGCAUAGAAGCUCUGAUGUCUCUCCAAAGAGGCCCAGCACUGCCACAGGCGGGCCCAUGCGAAGCCCAAGGCCUUAUCGCUCUGACUCCAAGUACAUAGAGAAAACCUCCCCAACAGGAGAGAGCAUCAUUACAGUAACACCUGCCGCAGCCAUCUUGAGGGCGGAGGCAGAUAAGAUCCGCCAGUACAGUGACCACCGGCAUUCAUAUCCCGAUGCUCAGAUAGAAGAGCUGGAAGGACCYGAUAGCCACAAGCUGUUGGAACCCCUCACCCACUCCCGGUCCAGAGACUUAGCCUAUUCCCAGAUGUCCUCUCAGUAUCACAAUCUAAGCUACUCAUCCAGCCCUGAAUACUACUGCAAACCUUCACACAGCAUCUGGGAGCGAUUCAGACUCCACCGCAAGCGACAUAAAGAUGAUGAGUACAUGGCUGCCGGCCAUGCGCUGCGUAAGAAAGUUCAGUUUGCAAAGGAUGAGGACCUGCAUGACAUAUUAGACUACUGGAAAGGCGUUUCAGCCCAACAUAAAUCAUAAUUCAUCUAGGUGUUUUUAAAAUGGACUUUCUGUUGCUAAAAUGACACAAGAACAUCAUUUGACAUUUGAAUCAAUGGAUACUUCUCUACCAUAAUUAACUAAUCUUUCAUGUAUAUCACACUCUCUUUUGACUGUGAAGAAGAUGAGACGAGGAUUCUAAAACUUCUCUUAUUAUCUAAAGCAUUCAUCUUGGAAAAAAAUAUAUUGCAAAUUAAUUAUAUAUAUGUUACAAUGGAUAUUAGGUUUUUUGGGUAUCGCAUGGCCAAGUCCUGUGACAGUGGAUUUGCUGUUGUGUAAUAUGAAUCUACUAUAUGAAGAUUUUUGAGAAACUAUUGGGACCCACACAAGCAGAACACUUUUUUUUUUCUUCCUCCUUGCAUAUAUUUAAUUGAAAACUGUGUACAGAUAUGGGUUUCUAUAUUUGAAAUGUUUGCUGUGUAAAUGGUGAAGUAUUAGUAGAUGAAUCAGGUUUAUCAAACUGACCGCUGUCUCUUUUGAAAAUAUUUAACGUCUAACUUUAGCCCUAGAACCGCAAUCAUUCCAGUACUCCUCAGAACUGCCAUAGGUUUUAUCCUCAUUUCUAGAAGCCUUAAAAAUGACAAAGAUUAAAUUUCAACAGAUUGUAUUAAAUGAUUGUAUUAUGAUCAUUUAAAUAUCAAUAGUUUUUGAGAAAAACUAUUUCGCCAAUUUGUUCUAUGAAAUUGCAUCAGGCACACAUUUUCAAUCAUUGAUAAGUAUUAAUAGAGAACUCCCUUUUUAUAUAUCAUCUAAAAAAAAUGUUUCUAAUAUCAUAUUUAAUAGUUUCUAAUAUCAUAUUUAAUAUAUUUUUCGUGUUUUUCCUAAUUUAGCAAAGGAAUGACGUAAUUAACCAAACAACAAAACAAACAAAAAUAAAUGAAUAAAUAAAUAACCAGAGGAAUAAAAAUGCUGCUUUAAGGAAGUAAUAUUUUUGAUGAAAAGUUAUAUUUAGUUUAGUGUUGCCCUCACAUAUUUACAAAGACUGACUAACRUUCAAAGUCCCAGCAGUUAUCAGUCCCCAUGCUGUGUUAUAGAUGCAGUCAAAGUAAAAAAAAGAAAAGAAAGAAAGAAAACACACCCUCUAAACUAUAAUGUGACAGUGCAUGUCUGACCCAGUCUUUACUAGGUUGUAUAUUUGUCCAAAUAUGAUCUUAAAUGCCAAAAMUGCACAGCAGAUUCCACAAUGUUUAAUAAUUUAUGAAACAAAGAGAAAGCCAAAAUAGAAAUGCAUUUAUAUAGACUGGAUUUGUGGCUGGUUUUCUACCCACUUUGUGKGUUAUUUCACAGUUCUUGUUCUUUUUAUGUGCAAAUCACAGAAGGCAAUUUGUGAUGGUCCAAGGAUGUACACAAUGCAGUCAAGUAAUCUGCAGAGCUCAAAAAUAAAAUUAGGAAUAGAAAACAUGAAAGCAGCCCCAGAAUAAGAUCCACUGUGUCUAGAGCCAGUAGUUUAUGGCUAAUGGAGAUUUGUCCUGGACUUUACUCACACAUGGGUAAUAAGGCAAGAGUGUUUUAUUGUCUUUUAGGCAAAUAUGAUGAGCACUGUCUAUUUGAUACCGUUUAUGUAGGG